GGAUAUCUAUUUCAUGGCACAUAUUUGGAUAGCUUACAAACUUUCAACUCUUUUAUGGAUCUAGACUCUAUAUCUAGAGUCUUAUUGAGAUUUAGUCUCUAGAUAGAUUUAAAAACCGUAUCACAAGCGAAAAACUAUAAUAGAUCAAUAUAGAUCUAGAUUUACACCGAUGGCGAUGAUUACCGUAUUCAUUGUGAUUGUUAUUCCUAUUGACGUAUUGUCUAAAUUUAAGCAUAUGAAUAUGAAACCAGUUACCGCGGUUUAUUUCUAACUUCGCCUUUCCGCCCCCAGCCUUUAAGUUAAAAUUACUUUCUCAACCCUUGUUGAUCAAUAUAUCGACUGUGGCUUGCGUAGUCAAGCUUUCGUAGUGUUGUAGUCAGCUUUCUUCGUGUUGAUGACUCAUGGAUUGUUAUUAUUUUUGUUUAUUUACAGUUAGAGUCUAGAUUAUUUUAUUUUAGAUACAUACCUUGAGAUUUGAAGAUUAUGAUCAAGUAUCUUUAAGAUUCACUUCUUGUAAAAUGAACAGUUCUUUUUUAAUUGAUUCUGGGCUUCAAGAACAGAACAUUUAGCUGUAAAGUCAUUGGUUUUUAUAAUUCUGGAGAAAUUUGCUUUGUGAAGAUGAAUGUUCUUGACAAACUGCGUCCAUCAAAAUCUUCCAAGAAUACAGAUCAGUCUGGACCUCCUAGUAAAGAAGAUAUUUUAAACACAUUGGAGAGCUUCACUAUCAACAAAUCCCUGGACAGACAUGAAAACAACAAUAAUUCUGACAGCAUAUCUCAUGGAUCACGCACAGAUGCCAAAUUUGACUUUGUUGAUAGCAGCCAACCAACAUCUUCUUCAGCCAGUAUGUCUCACUCGUAUAGCACAGAAUGGGAAAAGUUGUUCAAUACACCAGACAUGAUGAAGAAAUUAAAAGAGAAGUCAAUGGAAGGGGAACUAAGAAGCAGCAGAUUUAGAAGUUUAAUUUGGAAGCUUUUUCUAGAAGUUUUACCUCCUAGCAAGGAAGAGUGGGUGGAGAAGACAAAACAGAGUCGAAACAAAUUUGAAGAUUUAAAAAAUAAGCUCAUUGUUAAUCCGAGAAAAGCUGUGGAUUCUGUGGAUAUAACGUUAAAUAACCCACUGUCUCAAGAUGAAGAGAGUCCCUGGAAUAAAUUUUUCCAAGACAAUGAGCUGCGGUUGACUAUAAAGCAGGAUGUAAUAAGAACAACGUUUGGCAAACAUACUUGGAAAGAAUGCUAUCCAAAGAUUGAAUUCUUCCAAUCUAACCAGCUGAGGAAUCUUAUGGUCAACAUUCUCUUUAUUUUCGCCAAGGAAAACCCUGAACUCUCCUAUAGACAGGGAAUGCAUGAGUUGCUGGCGCCACUGAUAUUUGUUCUUCACUGUGAUCACCAAGCAUUCCUGCAUGCCUGUGAGAUAGAGUCUGUCAAUUACCUCUCUGUGAUGGCCAGGGACAUCAUCAAAGUUGUAAUGGAUCCCAAUUACCUGGAACAUGAUGCAUACACUAUGUUUUGUCAAGUCAUGGAGACUGUUGAGCCUUGGUAUCUGUCUCGGGACAUCUUCUACAACACAAAGACUGGUUCAAUGAGAAACUUGGAAAUGAUCAAUGCCACACCUUUCUCAAGGUCUCAGGACUUAAACCCAUCUAGUGUCAUCGUGACCAAGCUGACCAGAAUCCAAGACUACAUUUUGAAAAAGUUUGACCCUGAACUUCACCAACACUUGGAGCGUCUGGAGAUAGCACCACAGAUUUAUGGCAUACGGUGGCUUCGUUUGCUUUUUGGUCGUGAGUUUCCCAUGCAGGACCUCCUCAUGUUGUGGGAUGCCAUAUUUGGCGAUGGUAUUGGCUUUGAUCUUGUGGACUACAUUUUUGUGGCCAUGCUGCUGUAUAUCAAGGACAAUCUACUGACCAGUGACUAUGCCACUUGUCUGACUGUACUGAUGAAGUAUCCACAGGUCACUGAUGUUCACUACUUUGUGGUUAAAGCUAGAUGGCUGAGGGAACCUAAUCAGCAGCCUCGUCCCCCAGUGUACACACACCAGGGAAGUAUCAAGAUGAGCUCCAGCAUGGGGGAGAGCAGUGAGAGUAUCAGCAACAUCACCAGAGACACUGUCGCAACCACCCACCACCAUACUGGCCAAAAACGCCAGAACACAAGUCUAGGUGGUUUCUCCUCAUUCUCCCGUAAAUUCAGCCGACCCAGGACUUUGUCUGUGCCUAAGUCCUCCAGCGAGCCGAUGAACCUGCAGACAGAUAUUUCUCCUGAAACUGCCAACAAUCCUAUUGGCUCAACAGUAAGCUUGUCUCAAGUGGAAGAGUCUAUGUUUCGACCGUCAGCUGCAAGUAUGGCUAGAAUGGAUGCCACCAACCUGAGGUCUGCACAGUCUAGUCCUGGCCUACAUCCUUCCAGCAUCUUUCCAAUGACACCUGAUGAUGUUUCCAUCACCACUAGUCCACCAUUGCCAGGAGGCAAGUCAAGAGGCAGGCAGAAGAAAAUGACCAAAUCGGAAAGAGAACUUCAAGAUCAAAUCAGCCGUCUGCAAGGGGAACAAAAUGACAUGAACUCUAUGUGCAGAUACUGUGCUAGUAAACUAGAUGUCCACAUUGGUCGACUCCAGCAGGAGCUAUCUAAACAGAGUUUUGCAGUAGAUGAUGAUAUUAUGGUAUCUUUAGCAGGACUCAAACUGGUAAGAGAUAUUCUAAAUGGAACUCUCAAGUUUUCCCAGAAUAUCGCAGCUGAUGAAGAUGAAAUCCAGAUCAAUGAUGAGUACUAUGGAAAUCAAAAUGGAGAUAGAAGCAUUACUUCCCCUGAUUCUGAUAUUCUCCUGGGUGCCACUUCCUGUAUUGAUGAUGAUCUCAAGAUAUCUGGAAGUCAAAAGGCAAGGCUGUUCUACAUGAGCAGUGAGGAUGCUAGCUCUUUGGACUCAGGAUCUCCAUCAGUUCAGGGAAAAGUGAAAGGAGGUGGUGAUCAGGCUAUGGAUUACACAUUUACUGCUGACACUGACUUAAAUAUUCAAGAUAAAAAGUCCAUAGCAGACAAAAAUGCAAACACUCAGACAUCUAAUAGCAGUGGACAGUUUACCUCUAAGAUAAGAAGUUUAUUUAAGUCUGAGCCAUCUGGCUCAAAAAUGUCAACUUCUACCUCAGGAUCAGCAUCUGGAAACUUAGCCAGCCAGCCAUCAUCCUCAAUUGACACCAUGUCCUUCCAGAGUAGCCAGUCCCCAGAGAAAGCUAGGUCAGAUGAAAAGCAGCCUUUGAGGUCCAGCCAGACAGAGAGAGAGAUGAUGCCCUUUGACACUAGACCUCGAGCCUGCUCUAACCUCGAGACCCAGACCCAGUACUGGCCAGACUUUACUGCAGCUGUGUCAGCACCCUGGUACUCCAAGGAGAUGUAUCAUGGGGACAGGAAGGAUGGAAGGAAAAGAAGAGAGGAGCAUGUUGGCCGAGAGAGGUCCAAGAGUCAGCCUUCAACGUCAACACUGAUGUAUCGACAGGAUGAUGACAUGCAAGGACUGAAUCCACUGUACAGGCUACACUACCAAGACAACAUGGACCAUUAGAAAUGAACCUUUUUUUUUUUUUUUAAUUUAGCAUAAUUUAUGUGAGUAUCAGGAUUUUAGAAAAAUUAUUUUAUAUUCAUUAAUGUGAUCAAAAGAUGAUGUUUAAAUUUUAUUGACUAAAAAUGAAUUCAAUUUAUUUUGAUAACAAUGAUUGUUAUGAAAAUGUAUAUUACUCUUAUUUUAAAGUUUUGAGAAAGCUUAAGGUAAUCAUAUUUCUAAAGAGAUUCAAUGCUGCUAAUAUCAAAUUGUUAUUACGUUUAUUUUAAUCAAUGUAUUUAAUUCCAAUGAUUUUAAUGUUAGGUUUCCAUACUUUUGGGACCACUGACUCUUCAGGCAAAAUAUGAAAAUUAAUAAAUUUUUUUAGUUGUGAAAUUUAUUGAUGUUAAUGCAAAACUUGUCGUUGGGCUGUGUAUUGAGAUUUUGAUGUUGUAACAGUAAUUGUAAGCAGUCUAUAUUUAGAUUUGAUGUCAUACAAUGUUCAUAAACUGAGUAGCCAUGACAUAGACAUUUUGCUUACAUAAAUCCACACUGUUGUUUCUGCUCUAUAUGGUUGCAAUAUAUUAUUAUAAUUUAAAACUAGUAUCUUAUAUCCGGUGUCUAGUCGUAGUUUUAGAAAAGAAUGUGUAGUCUAGCUGACGCUUGUGAUUACAUUAUGUCUGAUGUGUGAAUGAUCAAUUUGGACACUGAUCAGGUAAUAAUAUGAGAGUUUGCUAAGGUGUUUCCCAAACCCAGUGGCAUUAACCUGAGACAUUGUAAAUGAAUUGGCCUAUACAAGUCUAAAUUCCAAUUGGUAUAGUAUAUAAAAAAUCAUUGAGACUCUUUUAAUGAAUAAUACCAGUGUUUUUUUGGCUAGAUAAUGCACAAGGGAAAUCUCAUUUAUAUCUUUUUGUGCUUUCUGUGCAGUAUAACAUCCUCUAGAUCAAUGCUGUCUAGUGGUUUUUUUUUACUCCACCUGAAUAGCUAGAUUACAUGGCAGUGGCGUAAUAUUAAUAUUUAAUGUAAACAAAUUUAGAACAUUCAUUUGGGGGCCCCCUUAAGUGGGAGGACUUUUGAAUUUUGACCCCCCACCCUAGCUACGCCCAAACCCACCACAAAAAUUUAAAAAAAAAAAUAUUUUGAAGAUUUCCUUCUAACUUUUCCCUGCUUUUAUUGUAAAAACAUAUUAUUCCAAGUCCAUGAAAGUAUAAAGACAACUUGCUGGUAUCAGAUCGAGUGAAACAAAACAACCAGGAAAGAAUGUUAAGAAAAAGUUAUAAAAGUUAAAAGUUCCCUUAAUGGGAAUUAGAAAUGAAUUCACAAUAUUUGUUAAAUCAUGUUUGAUUGAAUUGAUACAACAUACUUAGUAGUCUAAUACAAAAAAAAAAAGGAAAAACAUUCUAGAGGGAAACACAUUUGACAGAGCUAGGGGUCAUGACAUGACUUUCAUAACAUUUUGCAAUAUUUCCAUGCAUUUUAUUGACAUUAGAGAAAUAUGCAUUUAAAAUUAUAACAUUAUUGGUAUGAUAAACUUGAAUUUGCGAUUAAUUUUAUUAAUAUAUGAACAUUAAUAUAUAUAUAGGCCCCAUUAAUAAUAGUAUAUAUAUAUAUAUUUAUAUAUAUAUGUACAUAUAUGUCUGUAUGUUAAAUUUUGAGUAUUGGUGUGGGCUACAGAUAGAAAUCAUUAACGUAAAUACAGAAAAGGAUGUACAAGUUAUCAUAUAUUUUUCCUAUCAUUAUUUUUCAUCUGUUCCUAUCAUUAUUGGAAUCUACUUUUUGGUUGGUCUAGGAAAUCUUGGACCUAAACGAAGCUACUCAGUUGACCCAGUUUCAUAUUGGUUCCUCAACUGGUCAUUGCGCUGGCCAUAAAUUACCUCAUAUUGACAUAACCACAGAAACUUCAGCAUUUCAGAUCUUUAAUGCUUGAACAAUUUAAUAAAAAUAUUGAUUUUGUUUUGUUUUUUAUAAAAUCUUUUCUUACCUAAAGUAAAUAAAAUAAAGAACUAGAUCAACAUGGGCAUUUAUAUUUUUGAAAACUUGAAUUGUUUCUAACAUUAAUAACCGUGUAUCCAACUAUCAACGCCAAGCUUUUCCAAUAAAUUCUCUAGGAAAUAUGCUGAAUUUUAUAGCAAAAAAUUAUUGAGAUGUGCAGGGUAGUGAUUUGUCUGAUGAGAACAAGUUGUGUUUGAAACAAACAUUCACAGGGAUUAUCCAUACUUUGUGUCUGUAGUGUAAGUAGAAACUGUUUACAUAGGCAGAACUCGUAAUAGUACAAUCAACUGAAAGUAGAGGAGACUACAUAAAUGUAUUUAAUGUUCUUAGUGCCGUGUAGUUGUGACGUAGUUUACACCAGCCCUUACUGGAACAGAAAAAUUAUUUUGAUCUAUACAAGCUUUUAACAUAAUAAAUGUAUGUUAUUUUGAAAAUAUUUUAGCUUUGAUAUUCUGUAGCAAAGUAGUUUGUUAUAUGUUUUAUAUAAAUGCAAAUGUAUAUUUGUAUUUCUAAUGAUGAUUUAGCAUUGAAAAUGGUUAUGUUACUAAUAUUUCUGUGUAAAUAAUUUAUUGGAUAUCUAUGCCAAGGUCUUCUAAAGUUCUUUAUUUGUUUGAUGCAUUUCAUUUCGUCAAAAAGUUGUUUUUUUUAAAUACUGGCUGUUUUACUUUGAAACAAUUAUCUUGUACAGUUUCCAUGAUAUUUGGCUUGUGAUAUUUUGUUAGUUGUUGUUCACCCUGAUAGAUCAAACUGUAUCUAUAGAUAUGUAUGGUAAAUCUUCUAUUUGGUAUUGUGUUGACAGUGAGAGUUCUGUGCUUUGUUGGGCAGUACUGUUUUCAUCUAGUAAGUCAAUACAAUGUUAUCAUUACUGUUUCUGUAAUGUCAUUUAUUUAUCAAAUCAGAAAUUUCUAAGUUGAGUGAUUUUUUUUUUUUUUGGAAUUUUUGAUUACAUACACAUUUAGAAGUCAUUUUGCAAAGAAAUGUAAAGUGGUUAUUGUAUAGGAUGAUUUGGCAAUAUGCAUCUUCUUCUAUAUACAGAGUUAGGAUUUGCAUUGUGUGUGUAUAUAUAUAUAAUAAUAUAUAUAAUUAUUAUAUUAUUAUUAUUAUAAUUAAUAUUAUAUAUAUAUAAUAAUAAUAAUAAUCUUUAUUAUCCGUAAGGAAAUUUGUCUUACAAUUUGUGCAUUACACCAAACAAAAAACAUUAUAACUAUAAGAAACCAAAGUGUACAUUCACACCAGACACACUCAUAAUUUACAUGUGACAAAGUUUAUACCAGAUUGUUCUUAUUUAAUGAUUUGAUUGCCAGGGGAACAAAAGAGUGUUUGUGUCUGUUUGUCUUUGCUAUCGGUGUCUUGUAUCUCUUUUGUGAUAUAUUAAUAUAUAUAUAGUAGUAGUAGUAGUUAUUAAAUUGCAGUAACUGAUUACAUCAUUUUAAGUUCAGCAAAUUUGCAUUGAUAUACUUUUGUUACCUGGAAUAAUCCCUUUUUUUUUUCUUUUUUUUUCCAAUUGGAAAAUGAAAAGCAAAAAGUAUUGCUUUUUCACUAUUUAAAAAAAAAAUACCUCUCAAUAUUUUAAAGUGUCUAGCAAUUAAAUAAAAUACCUAAUAUUAAUAACAUAGAUUACCCAGAAAGACAAAGAUAAAGGUACAUUUCUUGUUUCCUUUGCUAGGACAAAUUUAUACUAAUACUCCUUCUUCCCUAGUGCUAUUAGAGGAUGGAAUGGGUUUCUUGAGUCAGCCAGAAAAAAACAAUGACUUGGCAAGGUUCAAGUUAUUGAUUAACAUGUAUGACUAGCUUGACCAAGGGACACGCAUAAGACAUAAUCAUCUUCGUUUUGAAGUAAACAUCUGUAUUUUAUAAGGUAAAGGAUGAUUUUAUGCUAGCAUGAUCAGGGAAGAUAAUUCUGUGUAUAAUUGUGAUAGAAUGAUUUUAUCAUUUUAAGAUUUUCUGUAUAUAAUGAUUAAUUUAUACCUUUGAUGUGAUUGAAGCAAGGUGAUUUAAAACUAAUUUAUUAUUACGUUGAUUUGUGAAAGAUUAUUUUAUUAAAUCAUUGUUCAAGCAAAAGCUUUUGGCUGUAAUUAAACAAGCAUAAUGUCAUAAAGUAUUUGCAGACAUCCAUAGUCCUUAAACUGAAAUAAGACCGUUUUGAAAAAAAGCAAAGACAUGAUAGAGAACUUACAAAAUGUGACUUGAUAUUGUCAUACAGUCUUAUAAUUUUCAGCUGACAAAACAUAUUUGAUUUCUAUUUGAGUCUACUUACAGUGUGCUUAUAGUUGUAUGAUUGCAUAUCUUAUAAUUAAUUUAAAUGUGUUCAUCUGGCCUAUAUUUUUUAUGUGCAAUGGUUUUAUUUCCAAUAUAAACUGUUUGUUUCAUAGAAUUACCAAUGGUUGGUUUUAAAUAUUUGUUUAAAAAAAAAAUGAUUUUUUUUAAUGAAAAAUUUAAUUUUAUAGUACACCCUAGAGAUUUAUUUUGCAUGAUACUUGAGAUUACAAAGGUGCUUGGGUUACAUAAUUUCUAUUAGGGUUGCACCACUCUGGCUCUGGGCGGAUAUCUGGCUGUUUUUUUACAAUCCAACUGUUUUUCCCUAUCUGGCCUCUGGUUGGAUAUCAUUGCAGACUAGUUAGCCAGAUAGGCAAAACUAAACUUUAGUGCCUACAUUUAUAUUAAUAAAUAUAAAGUGGACAUGGUUUAAUUAAUAUGUUAUGGUAUUCAUUCGCAUAAAUUUAUCAAUAAUAUAUUUUUAUAAAAAUAAAAAUUCGAUUUCUAUGAUUUAUAUCUAUUUAAAGAAAAUAUUGUUCUUAAAAAUAUAUGAAUAUGCGUCAAAUAUUUACUAUUACCAUAAGCACCUUGCAGCAAGCAAUGCAACUCUCUGAUAGAGCCUGUGAUGCUGCUGAUCCCAAACUGUAUUGAACAUAUCAGCUGCAUCCUGAGAGGGAACUUCUGUGUGGACGACAUCCUUCACACCGUAGCUAAUCUGCUGGCAUUCAUCUUAUAGAACCAUAGUCCAAUCCAAUUGAUAAUAAUAAAUAAUAGGUAGGAGACAAAAUAUAAUACAAAUAAUAUUAACAUAAGUGUCUUAUUUACAGUAACACUAUCUAUUUAUAAGAUACUUAGCAAUGGUAUUUGGCUCUGACUGGAUGUAGUAUUUUACUAUCUGGCCAAACCCAGCUUCAGCCUAACAUCAAGAAGUCCUGGUGCACUCCUACUUUCUAUAAGAUAAGGCUAAAUCUACAUUAAAACCUAAAAACAGUACAGUAUUAUUUUCAAUUUAAUUUUUUUUUCUACUGUAUUUUGUCUUAUACUCUUGUAAAUUAUUACAUAAUAAUUGUUUUAAAUGCUAGACAAGCUAGGAACAAUUUAUUUGUGUUGGUAGAAUUGUAAAGAAAGAAUGUACAUGCCUAGUGCUGGAAAAUUAUUUUUAUAUUUAAUUUAUACUUUCAUUUUUGUUAUUUCUAUUAAGCAGUUACUUUUGUUGGUUUUGUUACAAAACUUAAAAAAUAGAAAAAUUAGCUCUCAAAAUAGAUGACUUGUUGCCUUUGGAAAUGUACGCUAUAAGUCAUCACACUUUUGUGCUUUCAAAUGCACUGUCAUUUACUUCCUAAUCUCAUGUUGUUGUUUUUUUAGUUUUAUCAUCUUUUCACCUCUUUUUAUUGCUUUUAUAUACUUCGUAAAGGAAAAGGAACUAGAUUGAGGAGCUUGGCAACAUGAAUAAUUUAAAUAUAUAUGCACAUAUAUUUGUUUUAAGGUAACAGAAGAUCGCAUUCUAGAAGAGAAGAUAAUUAGUGCAGUAGGUAAUUAGUUGCUUAGCUUUUUUACCCAUCAUUGAAGCUACUAAUUCAGGCCACACUUUUUAACUAUUAUUUCUACUUUAGAUUCUCCUGCGCUGUUCAGCGCACUGAGCGGCAAGCUGUCUCCUUAGAAAUUGUUCUCAGCAAUGUCUACAACCUAUUUUAGUUACCAAAAAAAUUCAUUAUUCAUAAUUCACCAUAGAACUAGAUAUAUGAUUUCAUUAUGUUUUCCAUUAUGUUGUCUUUUUUCCCUGGUGCCAUUAUUUUAUAACUGAAUGUUUGUUAAUUGUGGAUGUUGUAUUGAGGUCUUUGCGACAUGAUUGUAAUGUCUUUAUAUGAUUUCUUUUCCUGUUUUGCUCAAAUUAUAACUCUUCUUUAAGAAACAAAUAUAUUGUAAAAUAAAAAAAAACAUUUAGAAAUCAUU